AUGGUUAAAUUCGUAUCAGCUCUUAUUUUCGCCGCCCUCGUUGCCGCUCCCGCGCUUGCCUCAAACAGCUGGGAUGAUCUAAAUUCUCGUGACCUCGAUGCCGUCGCCCAGUCCGAGUCCAUCUUUGGGCGCGAGCUUACGGAAACAGGAGCAGUAUACGCGCGUGAGGUGGACGAGCUCUUCGCCCGCUUUGCGGAGGAACUUGACGCUCGUGGUAUCAACUACGAGACUGUAGACCUCACAGAGCGCUCCAAAAUCGGCGACAGGAUUAAGGGAUUCUUUAAGAAAGUUUGGCAUGGAAUCAAGAAAGUCGCCAAAGUUAUCCUUAGACGUGAAGACGGCGAAGAAGUUUUCACUCGGGAGCUUGGCAUUGAUGAGGUGGAAGCCCGAGAGCUUGACGAGCUCUUCGAGCGGUACAUGGAGGACAUUGAGCAGCGAAGCCCUGGGUUCAUGCACUUCAUGAAAAGCGGGAUGUCGCAUGUUAAGCACCUCGCGCACCCUGCUUCUGAUCCAUCCACACAGAACCCACCCACUGUUGACGGCCGUGACCUCACCGACGACAGCUUCUACCUUGCUUCCCGCGACUUCGACGAUAUCCUCGAAGAGCGCGAGCUUGACCUUGAGCUUGACCUUUCCGCGCGCGAAUUUGUAGACGAAGAAGACAUGUUCGCGCGCGGCCUUUCACUCGACGAUGAGCUUGAGGAUAUGUUGGCACGCGAGUUCGAGUUUGACGAGCUCGACUAA